AUGGCCACACACUCGCGCUCCCCUAGCUGGAGCCAUGCGCGGUCAACACCGACAGAGUCGUAUUUUCCGAGCUCUGCUCCUCGCUCGGGCGGCGUGCUUAAGCGCCGCUCGAGCGUGAUCCACUCUGCGCCGGCCGUCGAGCCGAUGCUCUCGCUGCCCCAGCACGGCACGACACCCCAACCUAUGAACAUCAACCUUAAAGACUUGAAUUCGGCGGUGGAUGAGUCGAGUGAGUUCGGCGGUGGUGCGCCGCCGAGCCCUAGCACGCUCACCGACAUAAUCCUCACGCUGCAUGCCUCCCUGUACGGCGCAAAACGGAGCGUGGACGAGAUCCGCGAGAUGGUCUGGCGCUACUAUGACGGCGAUGCGGUGUUUGACAGCCCGCUUGUCUCGGUGCAUGGUCGCAACCGGAUCGUGAACCAGUUUAUCCUCGCAUUUGCCGUCCCCGGCAUAGAGGUCCGCUCCGAGCUCCGCGAUGUGAUCUGCAGCGAUUUUGAGUUUGACGGGACACGCGCGGGUAUCAUUGACCAUACCAUCACUGUCUCUUUUCUUCCAAACCUCUUCCGUUCUCGUCGGUCGGAACAAGGCGGAAACGGGCUCUUUACACCGGGCCCGCUGAUGAGCCAGGGCAGCAUAACCCCACACCCCUUUGCCAACUAUGCGACUCCGACGACUGCGGAAGGCAGCGGCUUUUCGCGCGCGCGUUCUAUGGGUUUCAGCUCUGCAAUGAGCCCCGCGACGCCCGCGACGCCCUUCCAGCGCACCGGGUCGUUUAGUGGCGGCGGAUGGGGCUCGCGGCCGCGUACGCCUGGCUCGCAGGAGCUCGGUGUGCACCUGACGCGGCAGCCGAGCGACAUGUCGCCGCUCCCGAGCGGGGCCGACGAGGGGGUGUUUGGCUCGACGCCAAAGAGUGCCGAGCCCAUAUCCCUCGACACGACCGGCAUGCCGCCCAGCACGAGCCGCGACUCGGUGGCGACUCCCGCGCCGAUGAUUGAUACGCACCCCGCGAUGCCCAUCGAUGCCGGCAUACCCCACUGGUCUGCGCCUCAGGGUCUUGGCCGCAGCACAAUGUGGAUUCUGUUGUACAACCUCAUUUCGCCGGGGCGCACGCUCCGUUCGAUCUUUUCGGUGGAACUGCGUUUGCUGAGCCGCCUCGAGUUUAACGAAGCAGGUCGGAUUGUCCGCCACGAAGAUUCGUGGAGCAUGCGCGAGCUAAUUGAUGGCUUUUUCCCGUUCCUGUCUUUGUUCUACAACCUUGAGCGCGCCGCCCCCAUUGACCAGCGUGCCGCUUCGAGUGUGCAGGCCUCCUCGAGCAGCGCUGGUCGUCACCACGCCAAGAGCACCAACGCCCACCGCAUCAGCUACGGCACCGUGCACAACGGCAAGACUACCGAGCAGAACUAUGGCUCGGGCAGCUCGUCGAACUCGAGCCCCAUUGAGGGCACGGAUAACGGUGGUGUCCGCCACGGCCGCCAGGCGAUUGCCAACGGCGCCGCCGUGCCCCAGGGCACCACUGGUUCGUCGGGUUCGUCGGGCUCCUCGGGCCAGUCCUCCUCGCAGGAGUCGGCCGUCAGCGCGGCGCUUGCGCAGAUGGCCGGUUCGCAGGGCUCGCAGGGCCAGCAAUACCCCAACGGCCACCUCGCCAGCACUGUGCCGUCAAUGGACAACCUGAACAGGCUGAACCGUGAGCGCAUGGCCUCGCAGAUUCAGUCGCAAGCGGCGACCAUGAACCUGAACCAGCAGCAGGCGUCGUCCAUCUCGGGCAUCGUCGAGAAUCUCGCUGGCACUUCGACUGGCCACGGUCACCACCGUACCGCGCAGUCGAACAGCCAGACGAGUGCUGCGACUGGUUCGGGCUCGCGUCACCGCAAUGCGGCGAACGCGCAGCAGACCUCGGCGGCUGCCUCGGGCGCUUCUUCCUCGAAGAAGCACCACAAGCACCACAAGUCGAGCUCGGCUGCGGCGACCGGCUCUGCCUCGGGUUCGGCCUCGGGUGCCUCCUCGGCGGCGACCUCGAGCAAGAAGAAGCACCACAAGAGCAAGUCGUCGUCCGGCUCCCCUUCGUCGAGCGCCUCGAGCUCGGCGACGGACUCGGCUUCGUCGAGCUCGGCGGCGCCUACUUCGAGCGCGACUGACACAGCGGCCUCUUCGUCGGACUCUACUGACAGCAGCUCCAGCAGCGCCAGCUCGGACGCGGCGCCUUCGAGCACCGACGGCGGCGACUCGACGGCUCCUGUGCUCGACAGCGACCCCGCGGCCGCGGCCCGCAAGCGCUCUAUGCACGCUUCGAGCAGCAGCAGCAACUCGAGCUCGACCCCGAGCGUUCGCCGCUGCCGCAAGAAGGCGCACAAGACUGCUUCGGCCAGCGGUGCCCACCCGUCGCACGCGGUGAUCGUGUCGCAGGGCAGCUCGGCGGACUUUGACUUUGUGCGCACGCAGUCGGACAGCUCGCGCCACCACUCGCGCAACUAA